UAAUCAAAACAGAAGCGGAACAGCAGCCGGAGCUCCGGCCCUCAGCCAUAACACAGGACCGGGGGCAUUAUUAGUGUUAUUGUACAGCAGGACUCGGGGCAAAUUUCUCACUUUUUCUGCACAUAUUCUAAUGUCAACGGUUUAAACUGGGCGUCUAAAGUGUCUCUUUAAUGACAUUGUAAAAUUCCAGUUGAUGCUAUAAACCUUGAUCAGUGAUGGCAGAAGGAGGGUUCGAUCCCUGUGAGUGCAUCUGCUCUCACGAGCAUGCCAUGAGGAGACUCAUCAACCUGCUGAGGCAGUCGCAGUCCUAUUGCACAGACACAGAGUGCCUUCAGGAAUUGCCAGGACCCGGUUCUCCAACAGGGGGCGAUCUGACUCUGCCCAUGAUUAUUAUGGGCUGGAUCGUGCUGGCGCUGGCACUCUUCCUGCUUCGCCCUGCCAGCAUGAGAAGACCCAGAAUGUCCAACAAACCCACUAACCCCUUUAAUAAUAACGGCCGAGAUCCAGCACCCCCAGUAGACUAACGAUGAUCCCAGGACUUCAUACCAUGACCAAGACCUUUCACCUACGACCCGAGCAUUAGACCUGUCUUCCGUCUGAUCAGCUCCUCUUACUCACUCUUCCUCUUCUGUCUGUUUUGAUCGAUUACUUUUUAAUCCUGAUACUUUUCUAUAAUCUAAGGGAUGUAUUAACAUGACAUGAUUAAGGAAACAACAAUAAUUAAGCCAAAGCAAAGUCUUUUUUUUUUAAAGACUUGAAGUCCACCACCCUUAAAGAUAAAUAAAACAGUGUAUAUUCUCCAUGGUGUUGUGUUAAGCAAAAGGUGUAAAUAUAGCUCAAGACACCAUGACUAACCCGAGACACAUAUGAUUCACAGUAAGGUUGCCUCUUUUAGAUGGGGGGCGUAUUUCAGGGUGGAGGUUGUAGCACAUUCUGCACGAGCUACGUCAUUUCGCUCACUUCUGAUGUCAUUCGUGAGGUCAGAACAAGGGCCGUGGCUCUGGUGCCAUAUGACUCUUUUGGAGCCUUUGCGCUCUAAUGCUCUUAACACGCCGCUUGUGGUGGCUGACACACCAGUCAGUUCACAUUUUUUCUUCAUUUUAGUUUCAUAGUAACUGAAGCUGAGCACUGAGCUCAUCGAGAACGCCGAGUGGGUGUGUUUCAGGUGUAUGGGUGUGGUACGAGCAGAGCUGUGGACCGUCUGGAAUCAUCAAGGGCUUCGUUAGGAUCAGACACAGAGAGUUCUUUAAUGUAAAUCUGAUUAUAGGGGAAAAAACAAGUUUUAAGAUCUUGACUGACCAUGAAGUGACCAGUUUUACCGGCAAUUAUGCCUAAAGUCAUCAUUUAUAGACUGCCAUACUAAGCUUUUAGUUGCACUACACAUCUUGUACAUCAUUCAGUUACAUGUAAGAAAGUUACUGCUAACCUCUGAAUCGAAUAUAACGAUGAAUUAAACAGGAAAUGUUUAUUCAUGGCCUUCUUAAAUAUUGGACAUAUUAACCUAAAGACAUUUGAGGGUUCAUGAUGAGCUUAUUUUUUUAAUAGCUUUCUCUUUCCACACCUUAACAUUGAAGGACCUUUUACUGUGUGUUUCAAAAGUCUGUAGCGUAAAGACUGUAGCUUAUACUAGGAUGGUCAAAUAAACAGUUGCUGUUGUAAUGUUUAAUAAUGUUUCAUAUAAACCUGUUCCAUGUGUGUUUGGGGUACACAGUCUCUCAAUCAUUAGUUGGGCAUGGAAAAUAUUUCUGUACAUUUCUCUGAAUUAUUAGUAGUUACAUGUUUUGAGUUAAGAUUAUAACUUGCUCUAUGAGAAAAGGGCUUCAAAUAUGCACUUUUGGUUACUGAGAAUAAACAGUUAAAAAAAAAUCUGUAUAAUAUAUAUUUUUGGCUCUGUGUGUGUGUUUUUUCUUCUUCCAGCUGGUAUUAAUCACUAAAGGCGGGGUGAAUAUGGAGAGAAUCGAUUUCCUGCGUCACACUUAAGUCACUGACCUCAGAGUCGUAUUGCGUCAUCGUGACUCGGGUUCAUUCCCUGCAGAUUUGAAUACAAGCUAGAGGGGCAGUGAAAAUUCAGGUAGCAUCGAAAAAAUGUU